UUUCAGCGCCAUUUAACGUGUUUUUAGCGAGUUGGCUCGCGAUUAAAGAAUACAGCUGUAAAAUAAGGACUCGUGCACAAGUUUACGUUGUAUUCGAUGACAAGAUGACUGCGGCAAUAAUCGCGGCUUUGAAUAUACUCACGAAACCUCUUGGCGAAGUGUCUGGAUGUAAUGAUCAAAUCUCAAAGGAGGAGGCGCUUCUAUCAGCACUGCAGGCGAACAGAGAUGUUCUCCUGCAGCGGCUGAACAGUGACUACAGCCUGCAGGAGGCAAGGAGGCUGAGAGAAGACGUGAUGGCUGGUGCAACCUGGUUGUUAAAUGAUACGGAGGAUGUGACGUGGGGCUUUGUCCAGGAGUGUCUCCUUCUGCUGCUCAGCUUAGCACGCCACCUUUCUGCUGAACUCAAGCGUUUCAGACAGACAUCCGCUCCCUCUGCCAAAUUACGCACCCCAGAGAUGGCUCCCCCCUUACCCCCAGAUGUCCUCAGUUUCACUCAACAGAAAACAGUUGGGGCAGCCCUUCAGUUUGUGGUUUCUCUAGGGCUCUGUCCUUACUUGGCUCCAGGAGUGGGUGUGACACUGGGUCACAGGUCUGCAUUUGCCACAAUGGUGGAAAAAAUUGUAUGUGUUCAAACAGCUGUUGUGACACCACACCAUCUCUUGACAACGACGACUACAUUGUUGGACUUUGCUGAACUGUCAUCUCUCGCCACACUGGUAUUCACCCGGCACCUGGGAGAUGUGAUGGCGGCACUCUGUCAGCUUGGCUAUCAGCCGCAGCAGUCCAAGGCAAGCAGCACAAAGGAUGUUCAGGUGCUCAGUGAAGAGGAACGGAGAAACAUUCAGGAGGCUCUCCAAAGUCUUCUGGUAAAAGUGUAUCAGCCAGUCGUUAUCAAGGAGCUCCUUAUUUUACAAGGUGGAGCCAAACAGAGUGGUCCAAUAGGAAGCUCCAGUGGUUCUAAAAGCAGGACAGCUCCUGGUUGGCUGAGGCGCCUGUGUGGUCAGUUGCUGUCUGAGCGUCUGAUGCAGCCUAACGGAGUCCAGGCUGUAGUCAGAGCCAUCCUGGAGGGAGGAACAGGGGGCGAGUCAGACUGGAAGAAAUGUGACAGUAUAGCCAAGAUUCUCACAGUAUGCCCCCAGCAGUCUGCAUCAGCCGACACUUACUAUAAACAAGUCUGUUUUCAGAUCCUUGAGCUCCUGCACCUCAAAGACAAGCUUACAGCCCAACAGUUUCAAUGUGUGGCUACUCGGGCAACUCUCUACUUGGUGCAAGAGAAGACCAGUUUUGCUCAGCCCUACUUGCUGGUUCCUCUUUUGGAUCCCCUAUACCGUUGCAUCACUGCUACCGAUGAUGUUCACUGCCAAGUUGCUGUAGAGGAAUGGGAGAUGACGCAAUGUGUGGAGGACAUCAACAAGAUCUGGGUUGUGGGCAACAGCCCAUCAGCUCCUCUUUUCAGAGCUUUAGAAGAAGUUCUUCCAGUUGUCUUCACACUCUUCUGUUUCACCAAGCAGAAUUUCGCCAACCUACGAUCCCCAUGUCAGGAUAUUUUGCUGUGGUAUCUGAGACAUGCUGAGACCUCUGGAGUCCUAUCACUACUCAGGCAGCUCUCAGGUUUACAUUGUCAGAAGAAUGAUGUAGCAACAGGAUUCCAUUUCACCCCUGGCAGCAAUGGUGGAGUCCAACUUAGCUGGAAAGACAGCUGCAGUGAUGAGGAUGAUGCUCUGUAUGAGAAGCUGUCAGGGGAGCAGUUGAGGCUGGAGUGUCUGACCCACCUGUUGGCUGAAUUGAAAGACAGUGAUGUGCCUGGAGAUUUCUUCCUGGCUCUGCUUCAGGAGCUAACCAGCUGGACGGCAGUAGCAGCAGAAGAAGAGGAGGAAGAUGGACAGCAAUUGGCCAUAUCGGCCAUGACUCUCCUGGAGGUGGAGCAGCAGCAACAGAGCCAAGCUGAUCGGCAAGGUCACACGCUGGCUUUGCUUCAAGUGUUGGCCAUAAUGGUGGAGUCCCUUCAACAUACUGUGAUACUGAGAAAAAGCAUACAGGUGGUAGACUUCAUAGUCGCACUGCUUCAGAGGGCAUGCAUCGGUCUGUUUCAAGCAAAUGGUGUUAUUUUUGGAAACCCAAUAGACAACCAAACACUGAGUAUGGGAAUGGGCCUGGUGGCAACUCUGCUGUCUGGACCUCAGCUCAGCGCUGAGGUCUACUCUUCCAUGUCACGACUGCUCCAGCCGCUAGGGACUCUGUCUCAGCAACACCCAGAGUUGUUUGUCCAGGAGCUGGCCUCCAAUUUGAGAGCGGUCAUUGCUACCCACGGUGCCUACCGACCAGACAACCUCACAACCAGUGCUUCCCCAGGCUCCAAAGACAGUGAGAUGUUACCCAAGAGCGACAGUCUGCCUUCAAUGAAAAGAAACACGAUUAAAAAAAAGAAAGCACAGCCUUUUCCGCCGUCACUUCUAUCCGUCAACAACAACCUGAAACAAUCCCAUAUCAAACAACCAGCAUCCUCUGGGGACUCUGUGGCAGGUGAAACUUCACGUUCCUCUACAGCCUUUUCUGAUUUGCUACUCGAGGCGUGUGACCCUGAUAUUCCUACCAGAGCAUUUGCCUUGAGGCACUUGACCCAACUGAUGCAUUCCAGAGACCAAGAAACUGUACAAGCGCAGGAGAAAGUCCUAAUUCUCUUCCUUGAAAACCUGGAACACGAGGACUCCUUCGUCUACCUGUCAGCCGUUCAAGGACUUGCUUCAUUGGCUGAUUCCUACCCUGAGAGAAUCCUGGAAAGGCUCCUAAAAGACUUUCAACAUGGUCCUUCACUCUCUACAUCCAAAAAGGACCGCUCCUUGGAAUUUCGCCUUAAAAUGGGAGAAGUCCUUAUGAGGGCAAGCAGAGCUAUGGGGGAGUUGGCACCCCACCUGGGUCGGCCCCUGGUGGCAGUUUUCCUGAGAGGAACCAGAGACUCAGACCAAAACGUCCGGGCCAGCAGCCUCUCUAAUCUGGGAGAACUGUGCCAGAGACUGAACUACGCUCUCGGUCCGCUGGCUCAAGAGCUGAGCUCCUGUCUUACGGCUCUGAUAAAGACAGAGAAGGAAGCGGAGGUGAGAAGAGCCGCUGUCCAUGUUAUCACCCUGCUGCUCCGAGGCCUCAGUGACAAAACCACCCAGAUCCUCAGUGAUGUUCUGUUGGACCUGUACCGAGCUCUAAAGUGGGUGGUUCAAUCUGACUCAGAUGAGGUUGCCGUGCUCCACGCCCAGCUGGGUCUGGAAGAGCUGGACGACAUAAUGCGAAGCCUCAUCUUCCCCAAACAAAAGCUGGAGAAGAAAAUAGUUGUCCUGCCGUAAAAAUAACAUUUUACAGUACAGUUUUACUUUUUCUUUACCUCUUGCAUUAUGUUGAACUCGAGGUGACGUAUAUUUAUGGUCAAGAGCCUACAGAAUGUUGUGUGCCACAUUUCUUUUUUUUUUUUAUCAGAACUAGUGGACCGACAAUGUCAAUAUAUUCAGUUGUAGUAUCAACUAUACGUUAUGUGAAGUGUUAAUAAUAAUGUCUUAUUUCUUUUUAAUUUUUUUCUUUUUGUUUUUUUCUUUUUCUUGGGAGGAACCAACCCCGAAACCGCUUAUUGGUGGUUUAAAAAAAAUCAGAAGUCAAAUAUAAUUGUUUUUUCAACUAUUGUUCAAGUUACUGUAAAAGAGGGUUGGGUAACAAAAAUUAUUGUUGUUCUCAAUGUUAUUUAUUCCAUAUGACAAUUAGAAAUUUUGGUACAUAUUUUAGCAAGAAUCAUCGAAGUUGAUGCAAAUAAUAUGCUUUUGUGGGUCACAUAAAAUGGUGUGGCGAUUUUUUUGUGUGUUAAAAUGUAACACUCCCCAAAAAAUAUUAAAGCAAAAGACUGUGUGUGAAAACUGUGAAUGUGUGCUUAUGGCAAAACUAAAUAUUCAUUAUGUUCAUACUGUACAGUAUGUUACAGCUUGUAAAAUCUAAAAAUCAAAUCAAGCAUAACUUUCAGGAAUGAUCUUUUAUCUUAUUUACCAUUGGAAAUAUCCAGCUAAAUAUUUCCAGAAUUGAUUUAAAUACAUUUUACAUGGAACGCUUCUAGAAAUGUACCAGAAAUGUUUCAAAGGUUUUUUCCCAACUCAAUUCAUUUGACAAAAGAUAUUUGAAAUGGAUUAACAUUAAUACCAUAUUGUAUUUGCCCUUGUUUCUUGGGCUGGAUCAAAGUGAGGACUUUGAAUAUUUGGAAAUGUCAUAGUCAUAGUCAUAGAUUUAUACUGAAUUGUGGAAGUUGGGGGUGGCUACUCUAAAUAAACACAUCCAAAUGACUUUUUGGGUUUGAACAGGGUCCGACUCAUGCGACAUUCCUUCUUUUGUCCUGCAUCAUCCCUCUCAUCCAUCCAACGUGGGCAAACAUGGCAGGCUUCAGCUUCGUUUCCAUGGAUAUUCCCCUUGUUACGGAGUGUAUUGCAGUGGCAUGAGGCGCUCUACAAAUGCAGCCUCUUUCACUUUGGUGGCAGAUUUAGGCCUCGCCAAAAAAUAUCACUGAACCAGCGUUUUAAAUCAAAGCUGUGUUUACUCUGGGGUUAUGUAUUGGUUCUGUGGAUUUGAGACUUCAAAUUGGAGUGACUCACUUGGUUUGGUGAUAGUACCAAACUGAUGUUUUUAUGACUUGAAGAAGAUAGCCAGAGUCUGCCCCUUUCUCUCUCAGGCCAAUAAUGCACACUGUUUUCACUAAUCAGUUUGAUGACUGUAAUGCCCUGCUUUCUGAUCUUCCCAAAAAAAAGUGUAUUUCUUAACUUUAUAUUUUGUUGCACAACCUUUUGAGGCAGUCACUACAAUCAAACGUCUUUUUUUUUUUUUAUAUAAUCUUCAGUGAGACUUGUGCGCCUCUUAGCAGGUAUUUUGGCCCACUCUUCAUGAGCAAACUGAUCCAGUUGUCUCAGGUUUGAAGGGUGCUUUUUCCAGAUGGCAUGUUUGAGCUCCUUCCAGAGAUGUUCAAUAGGAUUUAGAUCAGGGCUCAUAGAAGGCCACCUCAGAAUAGUCCAAUGUUUUGCACUUAGCCAUUCUUGGGUGUUUUUCCUUGUGUGUUUUGGGUCAUUGUCCUGUUGCAAGACCCCUCACCUGCGACUGAGACCAAUCUUUCUGACACUGGGAAGCACAUUUCUCUCUCGAGUACCUUGAUAGUUUUGAGAUUUCAUUGUACCCUGCACAUAUUCAAGACACCCUGUACCAGAUGGGGCAAAGCAUCCCCAAAACAUAACAGCCAUGUUUCACAGUAAGGACAGUGUUCUUUUCUUGGUAUGCUUCAUUUUUCUAUCCGUGAACAUAGAGCUGAUAUGCCUUGUCAAAAAGUUCCAGUUUUGUCUCGUCUGUCCAUAGGGCAUUCUCCCAGAAGCUUUGUGGCUUGUCACCAAGCAAUUUGGCAAAUUCCAGUCUUGCUUGUUUAUUUUUAUUGCUUAUUUAUUUUCAACACUGGUGUCCUCCUUGGUCAUCUCCCAUGAAAUCCCUUUUGGCUCAAACAACGAAAGAUGGUGCAACUAUGCAACAACUAUGCACUGAUGUACUUUGACCUUGCGGUUCACCUUUAAUUCCUUUCGAGGUUGUUCUGGGCUCUUUACCAUUCGUAUGAUCCAACUGUUUAAUUUGUUAUAAAUGUUCCUUCUGUGGCCACUUACAGGGAGGUUGGCUCCAGUCCUGUGAAUCUUAAAUUUCGGAAUAAUAUAUGCGACUGUAGUCACAGGAACAUCAAGCUGCUUGGAGAUGGUCUUAUAGCCUUUACCUUUAAUGUGCUUGUCUGUAAUUUUCUUUCUAAUCUCCUGAGACAAGUCUCUCUCUUUCGCCUCCUCUGGUCCAUGUUUAGUGUGGUACACACCUUGUCACCAAACACCACAGUGAUUACUUGUCACCCUUUAAAUAGGCUGACUUUCUGAUUACAAGUUUGAAGACACCUUUGAUGCAAAUUAAAUGACACACCCUGUCCCCAAUGAUCAAAUUAUUUUCAGUCUUUUCUAAGGGUACCAUCAUUGUUCUCCAGGCCUGUUUCAUGAGUUUGUUUUUUUUAUUAAUUCUGUUGACCCAGAGUUCAAAAGCAAUGUCUGAUUUUCAUUGGUUAAUUUUCAUGAUUUAUUUAUUUUUUUAAAUAUAUUACUUUUGUCAGAUUCAAGUUAUUUCUUUGACCACUGUGGGUUUUUUGUUCAUCAACUGAGGGGUACCAGUAUUACAAAAGACCAGAAGGUGGGGGCUCAUUCCACCAAUUUUAAAAUCACUGCGUUGGCUCCCUGUGUGUUCCAGGAUUAUUAUUAAUGUAAAGUGCGUCGAGUUGCAUUCUUUUCUGUAUGAAAAGCGCUGACAAAUAAAGUUUUGAUUGAUUCAUUCAUUA